AUGGCAGACACAGAAACCAAGUCAAAAUCCAAACCAGUCCAGAAACUCUGCUGCACUGUGUGUUCCAGUGUUCUCAAGAAGGACAAGCCCGCUACCUGUGGCCACUCAGUCUGUGCUUCCUGCUUGGGGGAGAAAGGUAAAGGCUGUACUCAGUGUCUACAGAGCUCUGGCAAGCCUGAAACUGCACCUGUGGAACAGAAUGGAACGAUGAAUGGAAUAGUGGCCGAGUCUCCACCGGUGAUCAAAACCAAAGAGGAAAAGGAAAAGGACAUAGAAGCCCAGGAUUCAAAGACCGCAGGGGAGACAAUGAUACAGGAAGACCUGAAGGAAGCAGAGGACCCUAAAAAACCAGAGGAGUCAAUGAUACAGGAAGACCUGAAGGAAGCAGAGGACCCUAAAAAAACAGAGGAGACAAUGAUACAGGAAGACCUGAAGGAAGCAGAACACCCUAAAAAAACAGAGGAGACAAUGAUACAGGAAGACCUGAAGGAAGCAGAGGACCCUAAAAAAACAGAGGAAGAGAAAAGGAAAGAGGGUGACCCUCCACAGCCUGCAGAGGAAUUGAAAGAGGAUGUGAAGAAUGGGGUGAACGAGAAAUCAAAGGAAGAGAAAUCAAAAGAGGAGAACGCAAAGGAAGAAGAGGUGAAAGUAGAGCCUUUGGGGUCCGAUGAUGUUGUGUGUGACUCGUGUAUGGAGACGAGCCCGUGCAGGGCCCUAAAGUCGUGCCACACCUGCCUUGUGUCCUACUGCGAGGCCCACCUCAGGCCCCACCUGGAGAACCCCAAGUUCCAGAACCACCGUCUGGUGGAGCCGCUGAGGGACAUCGAGAGACGGACCUGUGAGAGCCACAAGUGGCCCCUGGAGCUGUUCUGCUGUGCUGAUGCUGUGUGUGUCUGUCAGGACUGUGUGACAGAAGACCACAGGGGACACAACACUGUGCCUGUGGUAGAGGCGCGCAGAACCAUAGAGGUAUUGCACUUUCUCUCGUGUGUGCAUACUUUCACCCUCUCUCAUAUUCUCAGUUUAUUUCUCUCUCCCUCUCUGUCUCUCACUCACUCCUCCCCCCUUUCUCUCACUUUCUCUCACUUUCUUUGAUAAACAUUCACAAACAUACAUUUGCAUAGAUUUGAUAUCUAAAGGAAACACCUUGUGCAUAGGACCACACCAUUCUCAAAUUACAGAACACCAUAUCAAUUGUGUGGUGUUGUUAUAUAUGUAAAUUGGCCACCUCAUGUUUGUAAGUAAAGGUUCACCUAAGUUUCUAGAUGUUUUGUUCACAAACUCAUCCAAAGCACUACAACAGGUGUGGAAGUUUAAAACAUCCAGGAACAUUUCACCAGCACGAGCACGUGUAGUAAUAAAUUGGCCAUUGUCAUGGUAGCCUGCACUGAGCUUGUAUUAGUAUCCUUAAUGAGAAUAUGACGAACUUCAUGAUUUAUCCAUGGUAUAUAAAGAAGAUGUCAUUCAUCAGUCCACAAUAUCUUACCCAAGUCUUAUGCCGUAAUGAAUUUGGCCUGCAUCAAUGGCAGCUGCUCUUAAUUAAUAAUGAACUUGGAUCAACUAGAGCCUUCACACAUUUGCCAACAGCUAGGCUAUAUAUAGUAGUGUCUGACUUGUUGUAGGUCUUAACAGUAGGGGUUAUGUCAGCACUUCUGUCAGCCAGGACAGGGAGAAGGAUGGAGUCCAACUACGACUAAAAUUGUAUAUGGACUGACAUUCUUAGUGCAUUCUGUCACAGAGAGAGCUUCAACCCCUGCUGGUACAACACAGCAAAUUCUCCAGUGUUAAAUCAACACUGAGAGUGUUAAAAUUAACACUGUUCCAAUGUCUAUACGGGUCCACACUUUUCAGUGUUAAAUUAACACAUUGUGUAAAGCCUUAUUUGCAUAUUUCCCAGGUUGUCUUGCAUUUCGAGUGAAUUGUAGAGUUACCAUCCAUGACUGUAUUGAUUAAUGACAGAGACAUGGUUGUUGCAUUCAUACAUAUUUUGCCCUAUGGCCUUCACCAAGUGAGAUCCAAAGCAACUAUAUUAUCAUUAAAAUGUAUAUUUUUAAGACAAUAGGAUACAUAUUUCAUGAGGCCUUAUUUUGAGGGCCUAGUUUUACCCUAAUACAGUGGCCUGAAACUCCUGGUUUACAGUCCACAUCAGGCCAGUAAGUCACAUUAUGCUGGCUUGCAAAGUAAUGUGUAAUUCAGAGUGGGGUUUUCCAACAUUGUGAAUUUUUAUUCACCCGCAACCUGCAUUCAGACUGACUGGCAGGGUUGGGAAGACUAAGAUAUGAGACUACCUAAACCUUCUAAACUGCUUAGUGUAAAGCAUUAUUAAAAUAUUUCCCAGUGCCUUGACUUUUGAGUAAAUUCUAGAGUUACCAUCCAUGACUGUAUUUGUCAGUGGCAGAGUCAUUGUUGCAUUCAUCCAUUUUCAGUCCUAUGGACUUCACCAAGUGAGAUCCUAAGUGAAUAUGUUAUCAUUAACACAAUGACAUACGUAUUUCAUAAGGCCUUAUUUUGAGGGCCUAGUUUUAGUAGGCCCUCAAAUACAGGAGGCCUGAAACUCAUACCCAUAACUUUGAACCAAAACCACACAACAUCAUUAUAUUUCCCAGCAUGCUCUAUUGCAGGUAGAUUUUUUUAGAAUUGUUUUGUUUCAAUAUCUAUGUUUGUGCAUAUACAUUCCAAAAGUUGGAUAUCACCACACUGGCUGGAUUCCAAUAGAAAUUACACAUCAAAUUGCAAGACAGCAUAAUAUGACAGGCAGGCCUGAUGUGGCCUGUAAACCAUGAGUUUCAGGCUAUUGUAUUACACUCUAAGAAAAAUGGGUUUAGAUUUGUUCCUGAAGGGGUACAAACACUUAUCACUGUAGUGGUACCCUGUAAGGUCAUCCUUUGUACCUUUAGUUAUAAGUGCAUAAUUGUACCCCAGUUCAUACCUCAGGCCACAUCAGGCCUGGAACUAGGGUUGCAAAAUUCCAGUAACUUUCACAAAAUUCCAAGAUGUUCUGCUUCCUUUUCCAGGAAACUUCCAACCAGGAUUUCUGGAAAACCUGGGAAUUUUGCAACCUUACCUGCAAGUGGGUGCGUUACUCAAAAAUGUCAAGCUGAUACAACUCAAAACAGUAACUCUAUAGAUUUGAGUAAAAAUACAAAAUCACUUUAAUUAACUGUACUCAGAUACUGCAUAGUAGGUGCAAUGGAUUUCCUCAAAAGUUUUAAGUAAUGACAGCACAUUGGGCUUGACAGUGUAGCUCACACCUGUUAUUUGCACAGUGAGUUGUUGUUGCGAAACAAAAAAGCUCCUCUUCGUCUACAGCUCAUUCCUCAUGUUCUUCUUGUGUGUUCAUGAGCAAAUACCUAUUUUUGAGGAAUUACAUAACUCAAUGGAAUAAGGGUGGAAUUGUUUGAUUUUACACACUAUGGAAUAGGAGGCAGAGUCGUUUGUCUGUGCUGAUAUUCUACAACAGUAUGUGCCAUUUAUCUAGUUGUAUCUGACUAUCUUUGUUGAGUUACUGUUUAAUGCUGGCUCAGGGAACAUCAAAACAAGAUCAUUCGGUUGACAUUUGAGACACACGAUUUUGGACUCAGUUUCCCUUCAAGGGUUCUAACUGUUGUCUCGCAACAUGACAAGACACAAAAGAUGAAUAGCUGUAAGUAAUGUUUUGUGAAAUGAGAUAUGCGUUUAAAUAUUUGCGCAUUACAGAUUGUGGUUGUUGUGGAUGGCUGUUCACAAAUGUACAGUGCAUUCGGAAAGUAUUCAGACCCCUUGACGUUUUUUACAUUUUGUUACGUUACAGCCUUAUUCUAAAAAGGAUUUAAAAAUAAUAAUCCUCAUCAAUCUACACACAAUACCCCAUAAUAACAAAGCAAAAACAGGUUUUAUAAAUGUUUAGUCUCCCAGUCUCUGCCGCUGAAAAACAUCCCUACAGCAUGAUGAUGCCACCACCAUGCUUCACCAUAGGGAUGGUGCCAGGUUUCCUCCAGAUGUGAUGCUUGGCAUUCAGGCGAAAGAGUUCAAUCUUGGUUUCAUCAGACCAGAGAAUCUUUAGGUGCCUUUUGGCAAACUCCAAGCGGACUGUCAUGUGCCUUUUACUGAGGAGUGGCUUCCGUCUGGCUACUCUACCAUAAAGGCCUGAUUGGUGCAGUGCUGCAGAGAUGGUUGUCCUUCUGGAAGGUUCUCCCAUCUCCACAGAGGAACUCUGGAGCUCUGUCAGAGUGACCAUCGGGUUCUUGGUCACCUCCCUGACCAAGGCCCUUCUCCCCCAAUUGCUCAGUUUGGCAAGGCGGCCAGCUCUAGGAGGAGUCUCGGUAGUUCCUAACUUCUUCCAUUUAAGAAUGAUGGAGGCCACUGUGUUCUUGGGGAUCUUCAAUGCUGCAAACAUUUUUUGGUACCCUUCCCCAGAUCUGUGCCUCGAAACAAUCCUGUCUCGGAGCUCUACGGACAAUUCCUUCGACCUCAUCAACUGUGGGACCUUAUAUAGACAGGUGUAUGCCUUUCAACUCAUGUCUAACUCAAAUCAAUUUACCACAGGUGGACUCCAAUGAAGUUGUAGAAACAUCUCAAGGAUGAUCAAUGGAAACAGGAUGCAUCUGAGCUCAAUUUCAAGUCUCAUAGCAAAAGGUCUGAAUACUUAUGUAAAUGUGAUACAUUUGCAGAAAUUUAACCUGUUUUUGCUUUGUCAUUAUGGGGUAUUGUGUGUAAAUUGAUGAGGGAAAAAAAACAAUUUCAUCAAUUUUAGAAUAAGCCUGUAAUAUAAAAAUGUUUUGAAAAAGGGAAGGGGUUUGAAUACUUUCCGAAUGCACUGUAUGUAGACCUAUAUUUUAACCCAAUAAUGGUUGAAUUGAAGAAGCUUAAGCUGCCUAUCAAUCAUUGUUUUUGCGACCAGUGAAAAAUGUGCCCUUACAACAGCUGCAUAGUGCGGAUCCCAGCCUAUUGAAUAAAAGUUUGAGGGAGUUCCCUUCUAAACUCCUCUGUGGUAUUGUGUUUCAUAUUGUCAAAAACUAGUUUAAUUUAAGAACACAAUUUGGCUAAUCUAUAUUUCCAUAAUCCAAGUCCUAUUCCUGAAGAUCAAGGGGUAUUAAAUUAAUUGUAAUGACUGGAAAUCUGACAGACUUUGGUUUUUAAUGUAAAGAUAUAGCCUAAUCAUAUUAUUAUGUAGUAUUAAGCAAUUGGUUAGAAGAAGCCUACAUAACCAACCCAUAAAGUAAAAUGUAACAUCCAUUUAUGGCCAGCUAUGUAAACUCUAACAUUGAUUUAUCCUGCAAUAGAUGUCUUUCAAUUGGUAAUAUACAUUUUUGUCUUCUUCUAAUGCCUCUGAAGGGGAAAGUAAUCUAAAAGUAACUGAAAGUAAUCACAUUAGGUUACUGAGUUUGGGUAAUCCAAAAGUUACGUUACUGAUUACAAUUUUGGACAGGUAACUACUAACUGUAACGGAUUACAUUUAGAAAGUAACCUACCCAACCCUGCCUACCGCACAGCAGCACAGGUUUCUAGAAUGAUGAGACGCGAGUCUCAUGAAAAUGUGCAUUGACACAAACACAUCCACCUGAAAUGUGCAUUUAGCCCAUCUAUGGUCUGAUAAUGGCCUAAUAAUUGCCUCUGUAAGUUGUCUAGAGAUCUCACAAUAUUUCUCAUGGCUGUAAGCAAUUAUAGAUAAAUGUUCGUAAAUGUCUGGAAGCUCCAUUUCUAUAAAACAUCACAGAAAUCGGAUCAUAAUCUGAUAGUAGAGAAACAGAGAGGAAAACACAUUGUUCAUGUGACGCAGCAGCAUAGUAAAUGUUUAGAUAAAUUGGUCAAAUAAAUACAUUGAAAUGAAUUAUUAAGAUUGGUGAAAGAGAGAGACCUGUUCUACGUGUUUUGCUGAUCUGUGACCCACUGACACCGCCCCCGGUUAGAGUGGAAUAAGUCAGCUUCACAGAAGUUACACACCCAGGCACGGUGGCGGUGGUUCCCCAACAGAGGCAGUGCAGGAACCGGAGGAUGGUCUGGAGCAGGCCCUGGUGGUAGACCCAAUGUUAAGGCCGGGUCAGGACUCAGUGGUGGUAUGUCCAAAAAGUCAAGCGGCGGCCUGAGCAGGGCUGGAGCUGGGUCAGGUGGUGCAUGCUGGGCAGGGGUAUCCUGGACAUCCCAGAUGGGACCCAGGGCUGUGGCUGGGUCUGGUGGAGCUGUGCUGGGCAGGGGUAUCCUGGAUAUCCCGGAUGGGACCCAGGGCUGUGGCUGGGUCUGGUGGAGCUGUGCUGUCAGUAGCUGGUGACAGUGGUGUGACCGGUCAUCGGAGGAAGCAGCAGGCAGGGCAGGUGCUGCUGGAGGGCCCAUAUAUCAGGGACAGGUUGGGUUUCUGGCUGCGGCAGUGGCUGGAGUACCAUCUCUCUCGUCGGCUGCAGUGUUGGCUGGAGCACCAAGGACGAAAGAACUGGCUGUAGUACCGGGGGCCGAUGAUCCAGCCCAGGCGACUGGACUGUCUGUAGUCCUGGGGGUCGCUGGACAGGCCUUGGUGCUGCCAACAGGGGCCAUGGCAGAGGAGCUGGUACCGGUGCUGGCUGAGCUAGCUCCUGCGUGGGUGACCACUGCUCUGCAGGCUGGCAGUAGAACUGCAGGGCCACCUCUAGAGCUGGGAGGGGUGGAAGAGCAUGCUGCUCUGCAAUGCAGAGCCUGGGUGGCUGCAAGUCUCUGCAGGCUGCCACUGGCUCCCCCAACAUUGGGCCACACACUUGUGUAACAGGGAUGGGGAAAAGUCCAACAAUUCAGGAUGGUAGCGUAGCAGGAACUCCUGCAAGAUUACGGCAGGCGGAAAAUGCAUAAUGGCUUCCGCCUCCACGGUUCGGUGUGGAGAAGAAACACCCGAAACUCCUGCAGCAGCCGAUCGACGUCUGAGUCCCACAAUCAGCCACAUAAAGGAGAGGGGCUAUAUACAUUUUACAUUUACAUUUUAGUCAUUUAGCAGACGCUCUUAUCCAGAGCGACUUACAGUUAGUGAGUGUAUACAUUAUUUUUUUAUUUUUCAUACUGGCCCCCCGUGGGAAAUAGUCCAUGCUGCGCUGUUGUCAGGUGUGGGGCUCCCACAGGCUCCAUGGCGGGGGCAUAAUACAAAUGGUGGUAGUCCACUGCGUACCCCGGAGCCAUACACCACAGGACCGCAGGUGGGCUGUGUGGCAAGUAUCCUGUGUGGUCUCUGUGGGCCGCCAGAGUGUAGUGGUGUCAGCAAAGUCACAAACCCGUCUCAAACGACCAUGAAAGAGAGAGACACGGCUUUACGUGUUUUGCUGGUCAGGGAGUCUUUAUUCACACACGAAAGGAUGCACGGAGACGUAGAAUGGUAGUGGUUCUGUAAUGGACCGAAAAAGAGGUAAUGAAUUGACUGUACACAAUACAAUAACCACUAGCACAAGUAGAGCAACUAAGGUAUUAAAGCCUCCAUGCAGUCUUUCUAAUUUCAUUUUUAAAUCAUCACUUUAUGUCCAAUAAAUCACUGUAUAUUUUUUAUAAUUUAUUUCCCUGAGCCGUCUUGAGCCACUGAAAUGCUCAGUCCGACUGUGUGGGCAUGGGGAUAGAAAUUUGAAUAUAUUUACAUACAGCCCUGAUUGGCUGUUAGAAUCAUCUAGAGCCCCUUACCCAUUCAAAAAACAACAACAAAGGCACAUGGUAUUCAACCUGUUAGUUGGAGCUGGACCCUGAAAGCAACAAACUUCCACAGGUGUGUAGGUUACUUUUGUUUUAUCAUCAAAACAAAAGGCAUACAUCACACAUCUUAAUUUGGUAUAUCAUUGUACUGUUUUCAAUAGGUCACCAGAAGAUGCAUGGCAAGAACAGCCUGUUAGCAUGGUGGACAAUCCUGGCCUAUACCUUGUCUAUUCGUUGCAGAAUGCCAUGAUUAUCUACAGGGCAGACUAUAGGCCUCUGCGUCUCAGAGGCCAAACACAGUAAGUAAUACUAAGCUGUGUUAGGCCUCCGAGACUUAGAGGCCCAUGGUAUAAUCUUCAGUAUCAUCACAAAGUAUAUUUCAUCAUUUUGCAAACGUAUAACUCAUUUAAAUUUUCUAAUGAGUGAACACUCUUGAAUUACACAUUUUGGAAUGUUUUCUGUUGUUGAAUGUAAAUACAGAAACCAGAUGAAAUGAAAGGUUGUGGUCGUUCUUCAUAAUUUCUCGUCACUUAUUUACAUAACAUAAUAAACAGAUCGUAAACAAGAUUAUAAUGAAAGUCAAAAUCAUGGCAUCUUUUGAAGUUAUUGUUUUACAACGCAAGCUCUGGAAAUUAUAACUCACAGUAAAAUGCAUUUCUAUUCUGAUACUUCCUAAAGAAUGAACAGCUGUUUUAGUGACUGAUGGUACUUUUCUAUAAUUCUAUGGAAUUUUCUGUGAUCAGACACUUUUUUACCCUGAUAGUAUAUUAAACGCAUAUCUGCACCAAAACAAAUUACAAAAAUAAUUGAGUCUUACAUAUGAUAAGGAAAGACAUACAGUGGGGGAAAAAAUUAUUUAGUCAGCCACCAAUUGUGCAAGUUCUCCCACUUAAAAAGAUGAGAGAGGCCUGUAAUUUUCAUCAUAGGUACACGUCAACUAUGACAGACAAAAUGAGAAAAAAAUAUCCAGAAAAUCACAUUGUAGGAUUUUUAAUGAAUUUAUUUUGAAAUGAUGGUGGAAAAUAAGUAUUUGGUCAAUAACAAAAGUUUCUCAAUACUUUGUUAUAUACCCUUUGUUGGCAAUGACAAAGGUCAAACGUUUUUUGUAAGUCUUCACAAAGUUUUCACACACUGUUGCUGGUAUUUUGGCCCAUUCCUCCAUGCAGAUCUCCUCUAGGGCAGUGAUGUUUUGGGGCUGUCGCUGGGCAACACGGACUUUCAACUCCCUCCAAAUAUUUUCUAUGGGGUUGAGAUCUGGAGACUGGCUAGGCCACUCCAGGACCUUGAAAUGCUUCUUACGAAGCCACUCCUUCAUUGCCCGGGCGGUGUGUUUGGGAUCAUUGUCAUGCUGAAAGACCCAGCCACGUUCCAUCUUCAAUGCCCUUGCUGAUGGAAGGAGGUUUUCACUCAAAAUCUCACGAUACAUGGCCCCAUUCAUUCUUUCCUUUACACGGAUCAGUCGUCCUGGUCCCUUUGCAGAAAAACAGCCCCAAAGCAUGAUGUUUCCACCCCCAUGCUUCACAGUAGGUAUGGUGUUCUUUGGAUGCAACUCAGCAUUCUUUGUCCUCCAAACACGACGAGUUGAGUUUUUACCAAAAAGUUAUAUUUUGGUUUCAUCUGACCAUAUGACAUUCUCCCAAUCCUCUUCUGGAUCAUCCAAAUGCACUCUAGCAAUCUUCAGACGGGCCUGGACAUGUACUGGCUUAAGCAGGGGGACACGUCUGACACUGCAGGAUUUGAGUCCCUGGCGGCGUAGUGUGUUACUGAUGGUAGGCUUUGUUACUUUGGUCCCAGCUCUCUGCAGGUCAUUCACUAGGUCCCCCCGUGUGGUUCUGGGAUUUUUGCUCACCGUUCUUGUGAUCAUUUUGACCCCACGGGGUGAGAUCUUGCAUGGAGCCCCAGAUCGAGGGAGAUUAUCAGUGGUCUUGUAUGUCUUCCAUUUCCUAAUAAUUGCUCCCACAGUUGAUUUCUUCAAACCAAGCUGCUUACCUAUUGCAGAUUCAGUCUUCCCAGCCUGGUGCAGGUCUACACUUUUGUUUCUGGUGUCCUUUGACAGCUCUUUGGUCUUGGCCAUAAUGGAGUUUGGAGUGUGACUGUUUGAGGUUGUGGACAGGUGUCUUUUAUACUGAUAACAAGUUCAAACAGGUGCCAUUAAUACAGGUAAUGAGUGGAGGACAGAGGAGCCUCUUAAAGAAGAAGUUACAGGUCUGUGAGAGCCAGAAAUCUUGCUUGUUUGUAGGUGACCAAAUACUUAUUUUCCACCUUAAUUUGCAAAUAAAUUCAUUAAAAAUCCUACAAUGUAAUUUUAUGGAUUUUUUUUCCUCAAUUUGUCUGUCAUAGUUGACGUGUACCUAUGAUGAAAAUUACAGGCCUCUCUCAUCUUUUUAAGUGGGAGAACUUGCAAAAUUGGUGGCUGACUAAAUACUUUUUUUCCCCACUGUACAUGCCUGUUGCCGACCCCUGCCGUAGACUCUCAAGCAUCGCUUCUGGGGGAUGGCGAGUGGAGGGUGCAACUUAAAAGGAUUGUGAGGUGCUGAUAAGAGUCACAUAACAAUUGGACAUAUUUGUGCUGAAUGAGUUACUGAAUUUUCCUCUCUUUGUCUUCCUCUCCUUCUUCCUGUCCUUCUUUUUUCUGGCAGAGGGAACUACGAGAUAAACAAACAGAGAUGGUGAAAACAGUGGCAGCAGCAGAGAAUGCCAUCAACCAACUCCAAGUCAACACUGUCUUCUUUGAGGUACAGUAUGCUGCAGUGUCCUUGUUACCUGUUUAAAGGAUGAUGUCAAAUGCUAAGACUAUGUCGACCCCUGACAAUCCUGCUGAUAGAUGUGUCUGUUGACUGUUGUCUUGUCAACAAAGUGCUAUGUAGCAUUGCUUCAUCAGAGUGUUUGCAGAUUCCAGGUAACCCACACAGUGUGUGACACACAAACAGAGGCAUGUCACAAUGUCUCACAGGCAGUAAACAACACUGAUGAACGAGAAAGAGAAAAACCUCUGAUCUAUAAGUCCCCAGGUAUCGGAACCACCCACCCCAACCCAACAGGUUUACCCAGGCGUGGUAAAGGAAAUCCACUGCUUUGUGUGGCCCACAUCAAGGCUAGCAUGCCAGGUACACUGGACCCACUCCAAUUUGCCCACCGCUCCAACAGAUCCACAGAAGAUGCCAUUUCCAUCACUAUUCACACAGCCAGUAACACAUCUGGACAUGAGGAACACCUAUGUGAGAAUGCUGUUCAUUGACUACAGUUCAGCAUUCAACACUAUUGUUCCCUCCAAGCUCAACACCAAGCUCAGAGAUCUGGGUCUGGACACCACCCUCUGCAACCGGAUCCUAGACUUCCUGACGGGCAGACCACAGGCUGUAUGGAUUGGCAACAACACCUCCUCCACACUGACUCUUAACACAGGGGCCCCCCAGGGGAGUGUCCUCAGUCCUCUGCUGUUCACCCACGACUGCGUGGCUUUGCACGACACCAACUCCAUCAUCAAGUUUGCUGAUGACACCACGGUUGUAGGCCUGAGAACCAACAACGACGGGUCAGCCUAUAGGGAGGAGGUAAGUGAACUGGCAUUGUGGUGUCAUGACAUCAACCUCCCCCUCAACGUCAGCAAAACAAAGGAGUUGAUUAUUGACUUCAGGAAGCAGAGGAGGGAACAUGCCCCAAUCCACAUCAAUGGGACUGCAGUAGAGAGUGUCACGAGUUUUAAGUUCCUCAGUGUCCACAUCACAGAGGACUUGACAUGGACCAAGAACACAACCACUCUUGUCAAGAGGGCGCAACAGCGUCUCUACUUCCUAAGGUGGCUGAAGAAAUUCGGUAAGCCGCCCGUGUCCUCUCUAAAUACUACCGCUGCACCAUCGAGAGCAUCCUGACCGGUUGUAUCACGGCCUGGUAAGGGAAUUGCUCUGUCCACGACCGCAAGGCCCUCCCAGUGGGUGGUGAAGACGACCCAGUACAUCACUGAGACCGUACUCCCACCCAUCCAGGAGAUCUACUCGGAACGGUGCCUGAGGAAGACACGCAGUAUCAAGGAUCCCUCACACCCCAGCCACGAGCUGUUCACUCCCUUACCGUCGGGCAGACGGUAUCAGAGCAUGAGGUCUGAUACCAACAGGCUCAGAGACCAUUUCUAUCUACAAGCCAUCAGACUGCUGAACACUUGAACUGGACUGACACCACCUGCUCUGAUUCUCCACACCUUAGUACAUGUGCACUCACUGAUGCACACACCCACACAGAUAUACACACACACACACAUAUACAUUCAUGCUACACACACAUCACAGCUGCUGCUACCAGACUCUUAUUAUACUGCUCAGUUGAUACACAGCUCCCCAUUCCCCCCUUACCCAAUACAAGUGUAAAUAUUGGACGAUACAAUAAAUUGUGCCUUCCUGUAUUAUACUGAUGCUAACAUGUUUAUUCUAUUCUACUGAGCCAUUUACUUUAUGUUCCUAUUCUUAUCUUUUAUUAUUUCUUAUUGUUGUUGCACUGUCGAGAAGGAACCUGCAAGUAAGCAUUUUGUUGGAUGAUGUACUGUAUACCAUGCCUAUCCCGUACAUAUGACUAAUAAAACUUGAAACUCAAGUCAUGCAGAGUAACAUUUCUUGUCCCCAGGGAUUGAUUGUGUAAGCGGACAGUACAUACCUGAAGCAUAGAAAAAUAAUUACAAGAACAGACAAAGCCAAUUGAAUCCAUAGCCGUAGGAAGUAGUUUGGGGUUGGGGUGCUGCUAGAAAAGAAUGUUAGCCUGCGCUGAAGAUGUCUAUAUUGGUCCGCUAAUACAGGACUAGUAAAGGCCCAGUGCACUACUUUAGUGAACAUUUUUAACUAAAUGUAUUUGAGUGUUUACCAGCAUUUGUAACUUGAGUCUGAUAAUUAUCUGUACAAAACAGUUAAUCUGAUAAUACUUGUGGAAUAUAAAAAUACUUGCUUGAUAUGUUUUCCAGUUUGUUGAAUACUUUUCCAAAUGCAACUUAUUUCUAUGUAAAAACUGAAAUGGUCUAUUCAUUCCUUUUCCAAUUUAGUAGACACUCUUAUACAGUGCAAUGUACAGUAGUGAGUGCAUACAUUUUUAUAUUGAUCCCCCAUGGGAAUCGAACCCACAACUCUAGCAUUGCAAGUGCCAUGCUCUACCAACUGAGCCACAUCAUCACAAACCACUUGAUGUCUCAAUGUACUCAAUUACUGUAUUGUGCAUUGUUUUUCUUCAUGGUGAUGGAAAGUCUACAGGUACAAACCUAGAUGACCAGCCUAUGUACAAUACAGUAAUGUACAUUUACAUUAAGUGGUUUGUAUGGAUGGUAAAUUAAUACUGCACAAAAAGGGGUAGUUUUCCAUGUUAUUUGAUCAAUAAAAUAUUUAACGAUGUGGAUGUUUUGUGUCUUUGCCCAUAACUUCGCACCUUUUGAUGUAAAUAUUUGAGGACAGGGUUUUGUUCUUUCUGGAUUCCAUUAGAAUGACAAUAGCAGAGAAAGAGACAGGGCAACAACUCUUACAAUUCCAACUGUUGAAUCCUGCAAGAUACUGUUCUUAAUCAUACAACUAUCUUUUUUGCCAAAGUGAAGAUGUUGAAAAAUGUUUUUGGCUCGUGCUACAGAUGUCUAUAUCAUCCGCUAAUUCUAGUAAAGGUCAGUGCAAUACUUUUGUGAAAAACAAUAUUUUCUAAUAAUAAUACAUUUUUUAAUUCUGAUUUUUCAGGGGUGCUGUAGCACCCUCAGCACCCCUUCCUCCCACGGCUAUGAUUGAAUCUAUUACCUAUAUCUAUCUAACACUAAUCAGCCGUCACCUCAUCCCUUACGCCCAUAUACCUGAUAAUACAUACGCAAUUAUGAAACUGACCCGAAAACAUCUUUGGCAUCUCCCCAUCUAGAAUUCGGUGACGGAGGUCCGUGAAGUGAUUGACUGCCAGUUUACGGAGCUGCAGGCUGCGGUGGAGCGGGCCAAGAGAGAGGUAACCCUAUUUAUUGAUUAAGUGGUAUGCUUAUCUGUUGAAUGCAUUUGAUCUACUCUUUUUACCUGCUUUAAAAAAUAUAUAUUGUAUGACAUAACACUUUAUGUAUGUUUUUGCAUAUGAACCAAGAUUUUCAAAUAAACCUAAACCUGAACCUAAACUUAAAGGUGACAGAGAUCCUGGAGGGAGAGAAGAAGCAGGCUCUCAGACAGGCCGAGGGGAUCAAGGUACACCUGGAGAAGAAGUGCACUGAGCUGAAGAAGACACAAGAGCAGUUGAAAAAGCUCUCGAAGAACAAGAACGACGUGGACCUCCUACAGGUAAGGUGGUUCUCACCUGGUCUGGGGGUUUAUGAUGAUUUAUGAUGGAGACUGAGAUGGAGGUGGUGUCAAGGGAGUCGGUAGUGUUAUUCACUCAUUCAUGGUUCUCAUGGUGGUUAGCUUUGAAGUAGUGGCUGCACAUACAGUUACUCGCAGGGGCCAAGAGCUCUUUGGUGGUUAAUCAUGAACUCUGAGAAGGUUGUGGUGCCACUGCCAAGUGACUCAGCAGUGUUAUUCACUAACCUUAACUCAAGCCACAGUGCCGCUAUCAUACGUAUACACUUUAAUCAUGAAACAUGACUUCCUACAGGUAAGGUGGUUCCCUCCGGUCUGGUGGAUUCUGAGAUGGUUGUGUAGACAAUGCCAAAUGACUCCGUAUUCAUUCACAAACCUGAACUGUCGUAUGUGCUGCGUAAGCGCUGCUAUCUUACGUAUUAACUUAAUCAUGAAACAUGACUAAUCUAAAGUUUUACCCGAGCCAUGUUUCAUCAUUCGUUUUCACUCGGGCUGCCAUUAACGAUAAGUAAAUAUGUAAGCCUUGGACAAGCCAGAAUGGCCCAUAGGGACAGGCGCAAAUCUCCUGUUUCUGUAGUGCGAGGCAGCUUGAUGUAUAAGUACAUCCCAUGGACAGGGCGCCAUUAAUGACACUUCAUAAUUAAUUGCCAACGAGGUACAAAAUAGUGAACGGAGCUGUGUUGUGUGUUUUACAGGAGUACUCUGAGUGGAAGAAGGACAGCCCUGACAUGACCCUACCUGGGGUCUACAUCGGCCUCAUGGACCAGCUCAACUCCUUCAGCAGAGUGAUUGUUACCUCCACACAGGAGCUGUGUGAGAAGCUGCUGUCCAACUACAUAGAAACACUCAAAGAGAGCUGCAACAAUGGUGAGUGGAAAAAACUGCCAUGGCGGCUGGUGGCAAGCCUCUGCAAGUCCCGAUCUAUGCUUGUUUGCUGGGAAGGGUCAACACCACAGGAGGCUGCUGAGGGGAGAACGGCUCAUAAUAAUGGCCAGAACGGAGCAAAUGGAAUGGCAUCAAACACCUGGAAACCAUGGGUUUGAUGUAUUUGAUACCAUUCCACUGAUUCUGCUCCAUUCAUUACCACGAGCCCGCUCUCCCUAGUUAAGGUACCACCAACCUCCUGUGGUCAACACACCACGGCAUCCCUCACCCUGGUCAUACAGACAGGAGUAAGUAAACAGGAAGUGACAGUGUUACAAGAGGAAGAAUAACACUUCAGCUUUGCGCUCCAGAUAGCCAGGGACAUCGUAUGUGUUCAUACUUGUCUACAGACCUGAGGAAUACUUCAGACAGUGUGUCAUAGGUGUAGAGCUCUGGUAACAACAGGUAGACUGAAGUCUCAGAAAGAUAAAAACAGUUGAGAGUGUCUAAUCUGGGACUGUCCAUCGCUAGAGUGAAGCCCAGCUGUGAGCUGUGUGAGUCACCACAUCAUAAGGACAAAAAAUGUCGCCUGAAAGAGAUGAGUAUUACAGUGAAUAUGUAGCAAUGUGUUCUUUCUUGCCCAAUGUCAUAUAGAUGUAACCAAGAUAGCGUAGCAGUGCGGUCGUGUUCUCUUGUGUGUCCAUGUAAAUAGCCUGUUUUUUGUAUUUUUUUUGUAUUUUACGUAUAUAUUUCCCUAUCACACUUUUCAUCCUUCUACUAAAUAUACUUUCCUGCAACCCGCCUCACUCAAUGUGGAACGGAUUCUAUUAUUUACUCACCUUUAUCUAGAAUCUCCAGUUGAAACUAGCCAGCCAGCUAACUAGCUACUUGCUAUUAGCCACUGUUAGCGGUUUUCACCCAGAACAUCGGAUUUUCUGCCGGAAUAACUGAAUCACUGGACCUUAACACCGGAUCUAGCUAGCCGCAACCGAAUGGAUGUCGAAUGGAUGUUGCUGUAGGCUAAUCACCACUGUCCCCGUAGCACCAGUUAGCCUUGAGCUAGCCCCGGCUAUCUACCUCUCUGUCUACUGGACGGGAGUAGCCAGCUAACCAGCUAACUAGCUACUUGCUAUUAGCCACCGUUAGCGGCUUUUUCUCCAUUGUCCGUGGCCUGCACUACCUACCAGCCAGCUCUAGCCUGGACUAUUAUCGGCCAGUCUGCACUGUCUGCACAGCGAGUUAUCGACCCAGAACCUAUCAGAUUUUCUGCCGGAAUCACUGAAUCACUGGACCUUUAACACUGGAUAAUCGCAACUAGCUAGCUGCAACCAAAUGAACGCUGUUGUUGGCUAAUCAGCCUUGAGCUAGCCUUGAGUCAAGCACAUCUCCCGGCUAUCUACCUCUCUGUCAAACGGACGGGACCUCCUAGAGUCGACACGGAGCCCUGCCGAUCCAUCACGACUGGUCUGCCGACGUAAUCGUCUGUGGUUUCAACAGGCUUCCUGUUGCGAUGACCACGAAGAUCCAUCUGCUAGCCCCGGCCCGCUAGCACACACAAACUACAACCGUGCUUCCUGCUCGCUGUGCUGAAGCACCAAUUUGAACUGCUCUCGGACUCACAUAUUGCUGUUCACUGGACCUUAUGAUCACUCAGCUGCACAGCUGAUGCCUGCUGGACUGUUCAUUUACACGGUACCCUGUCCUGUUUAUUCUGUUUAGCUUCAGCCCAAACUUUAUCGCCAUUACCAGUUGUUGUCUUAGCUCUCUCUAAUAACACCUGUGAUUGCUUUAUGCCUCUCUCCCAUGUCAAUAUGCCUUGCCUAUUGCUGUUCCAGUUAGUUCUUAUUAUACAAUUUCACUGUAGAACCCCAAGUCCCUCUCAAACUGCCUCAAAUAGUUCCUUUGUUCCACCCCCCAUACACGCCGAGACCGGCUCAAUCAGUGCCUCCAGUGAUGCUAUCUCUUUCAUUGAUACCCAACGCUUAGGUUUACCUCCACUGUACUCAUAUCCUUCCAUAUCCUUAUCUGUACAUAAUGCCCUGAAUCUUUUCUACAACGCCCGGAAAUCUGCCCCCUUAAUUCUCUGUACCCAACGCACUAGAAGACCAGUUCUUAAAGCCUUUAGCCAUAUCCUUAUUCUAGUCCUCCUCUGUUCCUCUGGUGAUGUAGAGGCUAACCCAGGCCCUGCAGCCCCCAGUAUCACUCAUACUCCUCAGGAGCUAUCAUUUGUUGACUUCUGUAACCGUAAAAGCCUUGGUUUUCUGCACGUUAACAUCAGAAGUCUCCUUCCUAAGUUUGAGUUAUUCACUGUGUUAGCACACUCCGCCAACCCUGAUGUUCUAGCAGUGUCUGAAUCCUGGCUUAGGAAGGCCACCAAAAAUUCUGAAAUUUCCCUCCCCAACUACAACAUUUUCUGUCUAGAUAGAACUGCCAAAGGGGGUGGAGUUGCAAUCUACUGUAGAGAUAGCCUGCAGAGCUCUAUCAUACUAUCCAGGUCUGUGCCCAAACAGUUUGAGCUUCUACUUCUAAAAAUCCACCUUUCCAGAAAUAAGUCUCUCACUGUUACCGCUUGCUACAGACCCCCCUCAGCCCCCAGCUGUGCCCUGGACACCAUAUGUGAAUUGAUUGCCCCCCAUUUGUCCUCAGAGUUCGUACUGCUUGGUGACCUAAAUUGGGAUAGGCUUAACACCCCGGCCAUCCUACAAUCCAAACUAGAUGCCCUCAAUGUCACACAAAUUAUCAACGAACCUACCAGGUACAACCCUAAAUCCGUAAACAUGGGUACCCUCAUAGAUAUCAUCCUAACUAAUUUACCCUCUAAAUACACCUCCGCUGUCUUCAACCAGGAUCUCAGCGAUCACUGCCUUAUUGCCUGCAUCCGUAACGGGUCCGCGGUCAAACAACCACCCCUCAUCACUGUCAAACACUCCCUAAAACACUUUAGCGAGCAGGCUUUCCUAAUUGACCUGGUCCAGGUAUCCUGGAUGGAUAUCGAUCUCAUUCCGUCAGUAGAGGAUGCCUGGUUGUUCUUUAAAAGUAAUUUCCUCUCAAUCUUAAAUAAACAUGCCCCAUUCAAAAAAUACAGAACUAAGAACAGAUAUAGCCCCUGGUUCUCCUCAGACUUUACUGCCCUUGACCAGCACAAAAACAUCCUGUGGCGUACUGCAUUAGCAUCAAAUAGCCCCCGCGAUAUGCAACUUUUCAGGGAAGUUAGGAACCAAAAGUUGCAUAUCGCGGGGGCUAUUUGAUGCUAAUGCAGUUAGGAAAGCAAAGGCUAACUUUUUCAAACAGAAAUUUGCAUCCUGUAGCACUAACUCCAAAAGGUUUUGGGACACUGUAAAGUCCAUGGAGAAUAAGAGCACCUCCUCCCAGCUGCCCAUUGCACUGAGGCUAGGAAACACUAUCACCACCGAUAAAUCUACAAUAAUCGAGAAUUUCAACAAGCAUUUUGCUACGGCUGGCCAUGCUUUCCACCUGGCUACCACUACCCCGGCCACCAGCUCUGCACCCUCCGCUGCAACUUGCCCAUGCCCCUCCCCCGCUUCUCCUUCACACAAAUUCAGACAGCUGAUGUUCUGAAAGAGCUGCAAAAUCUGGACCCCUACAAAUCAUCUGGGCUAGACAAUCUGGACCCUUUCUUUCUAAAACUAGCCGCCGAAAUUGUCGCAACCCCUAUUACUAGCCUGUUCAACCUCUCUUUCGUAACGUCUGAGAUCCCCAGAGAUUGGAAAGCUGCCGCGGUCAUCCCCCUCUUCAAAGGGGGUGACACUCUAGAUCCAAACUGUUACAGACCUAUAUCCAUCCUGCCCUGCAUUUCGAAAGUUUUUGAAAGGCAAGUUAACAAACAGAUCACCGACCAUUUCGAAUCCCACCGUACCUUCUCCGCUAUGCAAUCCGGUUUCCGAGCUGGUCAUGGGUGCACCUCAGCCACGCUCAAGGUCCUAAACGAUAUUAUAACCGCGAUCGAUAAUAGACAGUACUGUGCAGCCGUCUUCAUCGACCUGGCGAAGGCUUAAGACUCUGUCAACCACCGCAUUCUUAUUGGCAGACUAAAUAGCCUUGGUUUCUCAAAUGACUGCCUCGCCUGGUUCACCAACUACUUCUCAGAUAGAGUUCAAUGUGUCAAAUCGGAGGGCCUGUUGUCUGGACCUAUGGCAGUCUCUAUGGGGGGCCACAGGGUUCAAUUAUUGGGCCGACUCUUUUCCUCCGUGUAUAUCAAUGAUGUUGCUCUGCUGCUGUGACUCUCAGAUCCACCUCUACGCAGACGACACCAUUUUGUAUACAUCUGGCCCUUCAUUUGACACUGUGUUAACAAACCUCCAAACGAGCUUCAAUGCCAUACAACACUCCUUCAGUAGCCUCCAACUGCUCUUAAACACUGGUAAACUAAAUGCAUGCUCUUCAAUCGAACGCUGAUGGCACCACCGCCCACCCGACUAGAAUCACUACUCUCGAGGUUCGACAUGCCCUCGUAAAACUGACUAUCCUACCGAUCCUUGACUUCGGCGAUGUCAUUUACAAAAUAGCCUCCCAACACUCUACUCAGCAAAUUGGAUGAAGUCUAUCACAGUGCCAUCCGUUUUGUCACCAAAGCCCCAUAUACUACCCACCACUGUGACCCUGUACGCUCUUGUCUGGUGUUCAACGUCUGGUGUUCAACCUUCCCAAGUUCUCUCACGUCACCCCCCUCCUCCGCACACUCCACUGGCUUCCAAUUGAAGCUCGCAUCCGCUACAAGACCAUGGUGCUUGCCUUUGGAGCAGUGAGGGGAACGGCACCCCUGUACCUUCAGGCUCUGAUCAGUCCCUACACCCAAACGAGGACAUUGCGUUCAUCCACCUCUGGCCUGCUGGCUCCCCUUCCUCUGCGGAAGCACAGCUCCCGCUCAGCCCAGUCAAAACUGUUCGCUGCUCUGGCACCCCAAUGGUGGAACAAGCUCCCUCACGACGCCAGGACAGCGGAGUCACUCACCACCUUCCGGAGACAUUUGAAACCCCACCUCUUUAAGGAAUACCUGGGAUAGGCUAAAGUAUUCCUUCUAACCCCCCCCCCCCCCCCCCCCCCCCCCCCCCCCCCCCCAAAUUGUAAAGUGGUUAUCCCACUGGCUAUAGGGUGAACGCACCAAUUUGUGAGUCGCUCUGGCUAAGAGCGUCUGCUAAAUGACGUUAAUGUGCCCUUGAGCAAGGCACUUAACCCUAAUUGCUCCUGUAAGUCGCUCUGGUUAAGAGCGUCUGCUAAAUGACUAAAAUGUAAAUGUAAAUGUUGUUGGCUGGUCCUCACUACAUAUUCGUCGCCAAACCCACUGGCUCCAGGCCAUCUAUAAAUCACUGCUAGGCAAAUCCCCGCCUUAUCUUAGCUCAUUGGUCACCAUAGCAACACCCACCCGUAGUAUGCGCUCCAGCAGGUAUAUCUCAAUCAAUCAAUCAAUUUUAUUUUAUAUAGCCCUUCUUACAUCAGCUAAUAUCUCGAAGUGCUGUACAGAAACCCAGCCUAAAACCCCAAACAGCUAGUAAUGCAGGUGUAGAAGCACGGUGGCUAGGGAAAAACUCCCUAGAAAGGCCAAAACCUAGGAAGAAACCUAGAGAGGAACCAGGCUAUGAGGGGUGGCCAGUCCUCUUCUGGCUGUGCCGGGUGGAGAUUAUAACAGAACCAUGCCAAGAUGUUCAAAAAUGUUCAUAAGUGACAAGCAUGGUCAAAUAAUAAUCAGGAAUAAAUCUCAGUUGGCUUUUCAUAGCCGAUCAUUAAGAGUUGAAAACAGCAGGUCUGGGACAGGUAGGGGUUCCAUAACCGCAGGCAGAACAGUUGAAACUGGAAUAGCAGCAAGGCCAGGCGGACUGGGGACAGCAAGGAGUCACCACGGCCGGUAGUCCCGACGUAUGGUCCUAGGGCUCAGGUCUCUCAGUUGGCUUUUCAUAGCCGAUCAUUAAGAGUUGAAAACAGCAGGUCUGGGACAGGUAGGCCGCCAUUCCUUCCGGUUCCUUGCUCUGGCCAAGGCAUGGAACACAAUUGCAAAACAUCUCUGAAUCUGGAGACUCUUGGCCGCCAUUCCUUCCGUUCUUCUUGCUGCCAAUGACUGGAACAAAUUGCAAAAAUCUCUGAAGCUGGAGACUCUUAUCUCCCUCACUAAAUUUAAGCAUCAGUUGUCAGAGCACCUUACUGAUCACUGCAGCUGUACACAGCCCAUCUGAAAUUAGCCCACCCAACUACCUCAUCCCCAUAUUGUUAUUUAUUUUGCUCAUUUGCACCCCAGUAUCUCUAUUUGCACAUAAUCUCUUGCACAUCUAUCAUUCCAGUGUUAAUACUAAUUGUAAUUAUUUUGCACUAUAGCCUAUUUAUUGCCUUACCUCCAUAACUUCCUACAUUUGCACACACUGUAUAUAUAUAUAUUUUCUGUUGUAUUUUUGACUUUAUGUUUUGUUUUACCCCAUAUGUAACUCUGUUGUUGUUUUUAUCGCACUGCUUUGCUUUAUCUUGGCCAGGUCGCAGUUGUAAAUGAGAACUUGUUCUCAACUGGCUUACCUGGUUAAAUAAAGGUUAAAUAAAAAAAUAAUUAAAAAAAUGGUCCUUGCAAAAAAAAAAUUUUUUGGCUACAUUCAAAUUGAAACUUCAUGCCUGGGAGUUAAAAAGUGAAGUAGGCCAAUGUGAUUAUUUACCCUAAAACAUCUUACAUUUCUCUCUCUCUACUCAUCAGACAAGAUUAUAAAAACCACAGUCCAUGAAAUAAUUGCAGACAAACACAUGACUGUGCCAGACCCAAAGACGCGGGAUGACUUCCUAAAGUGUAAGUCUCUUCUAUCACAGUCAGGUCCAUACAGAAACAAAACAAUGCUUCAAAUCACUUGAACACUCAUAUUUUAUGUCAGUAUUGUUGUUUUGGAUCUGUAAAGUUAGCCUUGCGUAAGUUGUUGAUCCUGUUUUGCUAUUCUCUCUCAUUACUGUUAUGUUGUUGUUAUUCUCUUCCACACUGUGCAGAUGCCGCUCCUGUGAGUUUUGACGCAGACACAGCCCAUAAGUUCCUGCGUCUGACUGAGGAAAACAGGAAGGUGACCAACACCACACCCUGGCAACAACCGUACCCCAGUGUCCUUGAGCGCUUUGAGAACUGGCGCCAGGUACUGGCCACAGAGAGCUUCUAUGUCGGUCGACACUAUUUCGAGGUGGAAAUGAGUGGUGAGGGCACGCACGUCGGACUCACCUACAAGAGUAUCGAUCGCAAGGGCCCAAAGAACAACAGCUGCAUUACCGGCAAUGACUUCUCAUGGUGUCUACAAUGGAAUGGCCGCAGCUUCUCUGCCUGGCACAGUGAUGUGGAGACCCCUCUGAAAGUGGAGAAGUUCACACGUAUUGGGGUCUAUGUGGACUACAGCUGUGGCCUACUGGCCUUCUAUGGGGUGGAUGAUGGCGUCGGCAUGACCCUCAUCCACAAAUACAAGGCUGAGUUUCUAGAGCCCCUCUACCCAGCCUUCUGGCUGUCAAAGAAGGAGAACGUGGUAAUACUUGUUGGACCUGGGGAGCCACUGACACCGAAAAUCUCCUCUCCCCCUAACUCACCCCCAAACACCGAUGUAGCACCCUCCAGCCGUUUCACAGUGUCUUCUGUUGUUGAUCAGUGA